UUAAAGAUGUUUGUUUAUAGUUGAUAAUUGUUCCGAUAAUACUAAACGUCAUGGAUUACGAAUUUAAAUUGAAAACUGACACGGAUCGGACAAAGGUGGAAGACCUGUUCGAAUUCGAAGGAUGUAAAGUUGGGAGAGGAACUUACGGGCACGUCUACAAAGCUCGCAGAAAGGAAGGCGAAUUAAAAUCUCGGCCAGACACAAAGGAUUUUGGUCUUAAACAAAUUGAAGGCACAGGUCUUUCGAUGUCUGCAUGUCGAGAAAUUGCAUUACUUAGGGAACUAAAACAUGUAAAUGUGAUUACAUUAAUUAGAGUUUUCUUGUCACACAUUGACCGCAAAGUAUGGUUACUAUUUGACUUUGCUGAACAUGAUCUAUGGCAUAUAAUAAAGUUUCAUAGAGCAGCAAAGGCUAAUAAAAAACCUGUUAUGGUACCAAAAGGUAUGGUAAAGUCUUUGCUAUAUCAAAUCCUCGAUGGUAUUCACUAUUUACAUUCCAAUUGGGUACUUCAUAGAGAUUUGGCAAAUAUUUUAGUAAUGGGAGAAGGAAAUGAAAGGGGACGUGUAAAAAUUGCAGAUAUGGGUUUUGCUAGAUUAUUUAAUGCCCCUUUGAAACCUCUGGCAGACUUGGAUCCAGUUGUAGUGACAUUUUGGUACCGGGCACCAGAACUACUUUUAGGUGCUAGACAUUACACAAAAGCUAUAGAUAUCUGGGCUAUUGGUUGUAUAUUUGCAGAGCUCUUAACUUCAGAACCGAUAUUUCAUUGUAGACAAGAAGAUAUUAAAACUAGCAAUCCAUAUCAUCAUGACCAAUUAGAUAGGAUAUUCAACGUUAUGGGAUUUCCGUUAGAAAAAGACUGGGAGGAUAUUAAGAAAAUGCCGGAACAUCCUACGUUAUUGAAAGACUUUAAAAGAUCAAAUUACGCUAACUGUUCCCUCACGAAGUAUAUGGACCGACAUAAAAUAAAACCUGAUAGCAAAGCGUUCAAUCUGCUUCAAAAAUUAUUAAUGAUGGAUCCUAAUAAACGAAUAACCUCGGAACAUUCGAUGCAGGACGCUUACUUUCAAGAAGAACCACUGCCGACGCAAGACAUAUUUGCGGGCUGUCCUAUUCCGUAUCCUAAACGAGAAUUCUUAACGGACGACGAUACAGAGGAAAAGACUGAAAAUAAAGCACGUCAGAAUCAGCAACAAACUCAACAAAAUCAACAGCAACAAGGAAACGGUGACCAUAAUCACGGACAGAGCGCGAAAAGGGUAAGACUGAACGGUCCUCACGGGGCUCCAGAAUUUCAUCAACACCAAAGUCACGCGAUGACCCAUCAACAGCCUCCUGGAAUGGUUUAUUCUACCGCUCAACCAACGCAGCCGUCGAAUUUUCAUCAACGUUUCUAA